UAUAAAAUAGUAUUUUGUAUUAAUUUAUAUAAUUAUGAUUAUUUAAUCUGGAUAUUGGAGGAUUAUAAAGGUUAUCUAAGUAAAAUAGUACAAGAACCAUUGCUUCCAUUUGAUUCACGUCACUCCUUUUAGUAAGGUAACAUAUUAUGAUAUUAUGAUGUAUCAAUUUUAAUUGAAGUUAUUUAUACAAUCAAUUGUUUUUUUAAAGAAAACUAUAUUUAAUUAUUUUUUAUAACAAUAUUAAGUUGUUUAAUAAUGGAGAACGUAUAUAAAAUCAAUAUAUACCUUAUUUUUAAAUUAUAUACAAUAAAUAUAUUUAUCUAAUAAUUACUAUAUAUAAAUAAAAAAAUACCGAAACUAUAUCGGCAUGGUAUGAUACGAUACCGAAAUCGUAUCAUUCCGGUCUAGGACCGAAACCACGGGUCAAAAUUUUAAACCUUGCUAUGGAGAACUAUUGUCCUUAUCCACUUUCUCGCUUAUUGUAAAAUAGUAGUACUUUCUUGUACAACUGUAUCCUAUAUCUAUUUUUAAAAUUAUGAUUUCUCUUUUAAUGUUUCACAAAUCACAAAUAAGUUAACAUGAUCUGUGGAUAGAUUACACAACAAAUAAGCUUAUCACAUCUCUUAGCUCUAUGACUUUGAGGGAUAUUCUUUACUAUAAAGGGGUUUUGGGUAAAUAGUCACUAUUAGUAGGAACAAUUUUAUUGUGUGCUUCAUAAUACACUUUUUCAUUUUCAAAGUCUUAAUUUUUUUUUUGGUAAAAAAGUGUCAAACUUUUAGAAAAAUCUAUUUUGUAAUGUUGUGUCCUCAAUCAUUAAUGACAACAUCAUUAUUUCAUCUAGCUAAAUAUAAAUAUUAUCAUCCUUAUUUUGUCUAGCUGAAUAAUAGCACGUCAAAUUUUGCAUGGUUGACAUGCCCAAUAUUUUAUCAAGGAAACUAUAACUCUCAAGGUAAUUUUAAGAUUUUAAAAGUCAUAUAGACAAACAUUUUCAAAUAAUAUAGAUGUAAGAAAGUGUAUAAUUUAAUAAAAGGGAAUAUUGAUCCCAAACAAAGUAUUGACAAUAACUUUCAAACUCUUAUCAUCUUGGAUAGUGUCACUUUUAAGACAUUUGCACGAGUUUAAAGAAAUGAAAGAUAAUUUAGAAAAAAAAAUAGAGUGAAUUAAAUUAUUCUCACCAAUAUUAAUCUAUCAUAUAAAGUGGGUUUUGUGCAAAUAAUCUUUACUAAUAUGGAAAAUUCAUUCAACCACCCUUAGUAUUAUUUCUUCUGUUUAAAUUUCUAAAAUUUUAGGACAAACUUAUGGAAUUUAAAGUUUGAAUCAUUUUAUUCUUAAUUACUAAUAAAAACAUGUUUAAUCAAUCUUGCCAAUUAUUAGCACGGGAGUUUCACGUGUUUGCCAUAUCAGUAUUAAAUGAAGUUGUUUCAAAGAAAUUCAAAAUUAUAGAAAAUAUUUGAUUUUUUUUUGAAACAUUGAAAAUAAUUUUGAACGCUAAGGGAUUAAAUCACAUUUUCCCUCACAAAUAAUAUUGUAUGAUGUGAUUAUAUUAAGAUUAAUUAGUUCAACGUUAUUUUUGUAUUUCUUGGAUGGGUGACAUUGGUACAGGGGAGAAGAUCCAGUGAAAGAAUGUGGCAUGAGGUUUCGUGUUUUAGAAGCACUGUCACCCCACUUGCCAUGAUGUCUCACCGACGGUCUCUCAAAUGCGUUAUCCCAACUAAACGGGUUCCCGCGUGUUGUGUUAAGGGAACACCCGACUUGCCAGAGCCAUUCAAUCGCCGUUGGUCCAAUCCGAGGAGGAGAAAGGGGGAGUUUCAUCAUUCUUUGAAACCUGUUCGACGGUGGAUCCAAGGCGAGGGCUACAAUCAUUUUGAUUGCCACUCCAAAGACUAUUUUAUGCUUAUUUCAUACAAUAUCCUGGGAGAUAAUAAUGCUUCCAAACAUGGUGAACUUUAUCAUAACAUUCCUUUGGAUAUCAUGAACUGGAACUCAAGGAAGAGGUUCAUCUUCCAUGAAAUUGAUAGUUUGAAUGGCGAUUUACUGUGCCUUCAAGAAGUAGAUAAUUACGAAGAUAUCUCAGCAUAUUUGAAGAGAAAAGGUUAUAUUGGUCAUUAUAAGCGUCGCACUGGAUGGGCUAAGGAUGGAUGUGCUCUUUUCUGGAAAGCUGAGAGGUUUAAAUUACUUGAGGCAGAUAACAUCGAGUUUAGGUCUUUUGGCCUUCGUGAUAAUGUAGCCCAACUCCUUGUUUUCGAGUUAUCAAAAGGUAAUCCAAGAAGAUUAGUAGUUGGAAACAUCCAUGUGCUGUUUAACCCAAAGCGUGGAGAUAUUAAGCUGGGACAGAUCUAUAGAUUUUUAUUGAAGGCAACUCAGCUUUCAGAGAAGUGGGGUGGAAUUCCUGUUGUACUUGCUGGUGAUUUUAACAGCACACCUAAAAGUGCAAUCUAUGACUUUUUGUUGACAUCCAAGCUGAAGGUUGACAUGCGCAACAGAAGAAAAUUUCUAGAGCAGAAUAAUUUCCAGUUGGCUUCAUGCGAUUUGUCUGUUCUAAAUUAUUAUUGGACUGGUAAGGAGUUGGCAAAUGGUUCACCUCAUUCCCUAAUUACACAUGACUUGAAUCUGCAAAGCUCUUAUGCUACCAUCAAGAGUACUGCAAUGACGAGAGAUUAUCUAGGUGAACCACUAGCCACUAGCUACCACUCCAAGUUUCUUGGAACUGUUGACUAUAUCUGGUACUCAACUGGACUUACUUGUACCAGAGUUCUGGAUACACUGCCCUUGGACACGCUGAGAAUGCUUGGUGGUCUACCUUGCCAGGAUAUUGGAAGUGACCACGUAUCCCUUGUAGCUGAGUUGGUGUUCACAGAAAGCAAAGAAAUAGAAAUACAAUCGACCGAUGAAAGCAGCAAUGAUGAAGGUAUUCAGCAGCAACCUUGGAACCAUGGAUUAUAAUUGAUAGUCCUGUAAGGAAACAAUCCAAAUUGAAGAUCACGGCCAAUGCAAGUUUUACAAACAAGGUUGGGCUUCUAGUACAACUAUUCAAGUGCUAACUCAAGGAUCUUCCAAUACGUAUUUCGUUUUUUUAUUUUUCAUGUUAGGUUUGUUGGACAUAAAUUAUGUUGAAAUUAUUAUGUACAAACCUUUUUAAAAUUUCAUCUGAAUCGCUUAUAAUUUGUUCGAACUAUUUCAGAA